AUGCCAGUGCCGGUGCCUCCUGCUGCGGCCUCUGUAACCGCAGGUGUACCAGCGCCAGCACCGCCAAAGGCUCGGUGUUUUGUCAAGAUGGACUUUUGCCGUGAUUGGGAGGGCUUCGCAGGGACACUUCGGUACAACCAGCACGUCAUAGCCGCGGCCGUGAAGUACGGCUGCGCCUACGUCUGCUCAGAGCACCCGAGCUGGAAGACCGCCUCGCACAACACGGGCGCGGUGGACGACUGGUCGUGCCCUCUUACUUGCCGGGUUCAAGCACCAGGAUCCGCACGCACUGAGAAGCCCCAGGCCAAACUAUGGGACUUCAAGUCAAUGGCACCCUUUGAAGAAAAACCAGAACCAGGAAGCCAAAACGAACCCUUAUUCGAAAAUCCAUUUAGACCAGUUGUAAACUAG